GCAGAGGGAGCUGGCGGAGGAGGAGGGGGUGGCGCCAUUCUCUGCGCGCCUCCGGCUUAGGGAAGGUGGAGCUGCAGCGCAGGGCGAGGACCGGGGCCGCCUCCGCCACUGCCGGGAAUUGGGACGCGCCGCGGCAGCUCCUGGGGCCAUGGAAGAGUUUCACCCCCAUAACGACGAGGUAGUACGGACUUCCCCCUCCUCCCCCGGUCAGCGGGAGCGGGGCGCCCUCCUCGCCCCAGCCCAAGCGCCCUGUCGCCCCGGCGGGCAGCAGUGACCUGGUUUUUCCUCGGCGCAGCGCAGGAAAGGAUCUCGCGCUUGGCCGUGGCGCGCGCUUCUACUUGGGCGGAGGAAUAAUUAGGUUAGGGACCCUCCACUCCGGACACGCGGGGGCGGAGGCGCCUCCCGUUCCUGCCACCCGCUUUAAAGCGUGUGCGUGGAGGACGGGAGGAGAGUGGCGCAAAAAACCCCAAUAACAACAACCAUGACUUCUUAACAGGCCGGGCUUGCGCUUUUCAGUCUCGCUCCGACGUGGGUGGGCCUGGUCUGCAUAAAAAUGUCACCUGGCUCAAGUUUUUUUUUUAAAAAAAAUAUAUUUAUUUAUUUUGUGUACGUCUCCACCCAGCCAAUCGCAAGCGCCGCUUGUGGGAUCGUAGGCGGGGGAGGCUUAGUCCGCCCAAGAAUGCUGUCAUUGCGACGCCGGUCCUCACGUGGACGAGGAGGGUUGCGCGCACUCGCGCGCCCCCGCUGCCACUUGAGGCCACUGCAGAAUAAUGGCAGACGGUGGUGAUGAUGGUAACAAAAUAGGGUAGUGAAAAGAGCCUCCCUUUGCUUUGAAGCUCCAUUUGGAAGUGCAGUGGAUUCCAAGGUUAAGGCCAAGGGAGGAUGGAGGAGGGGGUGGGAAGAGGAGCACGUCAGACAAGAAUCCCGUGUUUGAAUGCCUGCCCCCCUCUGCACACAAUUGAAAAAGGAGAAGACAAAACCUCAUUCAGGUAGAGAAGGAUGGUGUAAAAGAGAAAGGGUAGCGCUCUCCCUGGUAUGAUGAGUUUUUGUGUGUGCAUCCAGGGAAUCUUUUUAAUGUGGCAGCAUUCAGACACACAAUCCCUCUUCUCUUUUCCCACUUCCCCUCUCCUGCAGACCCUUCCCUUUGUUGUUAUCCCUUGAUUCUGUGACAUGCUUAGCCUGGUAUUUUUUUUUUUUUAAGUUGGGGUUUUAUCCAUUGCCAGUCAUAAUCAGAACAGACCUGUGUUUAAGCCUAUUUAAUUUCAGUGGGUCUACCCUAAGUAGAACUAUGCUGACUACAACCUUUGGAGGGUCUGACUGUCAUGUCAAAGCAUUUAGGACAGGGGUAGGCAACCUAAGGCCCGGGGGCCGGAUCCGGCCCAGUCGCCUUCUCAAUCCGGCCUGCGGACGGCCCGGGAAUCAACGUGUUUUUACAUGAGUAGAAUGUGUGCUUUUAUUUAAAAUGCAUCUCUGGGUUAUUUGUGGGGCAUAGGAAUUUGUUCAUUCCCCCCCCCCAAAAAAAAUAUAGUCCGGCCCACCACAUGGUCUGAGGGACGGUGGACCAGCCCACGGCUGAAAAAGGUUGCUGACCCCUGAUUUAGGAUGUAGUUUUGUUUUAUCCUGUGUCAGUCUUGUGUAAUAGAGGAUACUGCUCACUAGGAUAAGGUGAUACAUUAGCUUUGACAUAGACCUUAGAUGCUGAUGCAUGAAUUUCAGGACACAGCCAGAAAUAGUGUGAUUGUAAAAUCCAUUUGGGACUCUGGUGAUUGUGAUUUUUUAAUAACACACGUAGUUUUCAGUAAGAUAUAAGAACUUGGCAUUUAUGCAGCUGCCGUGUGCAUCAAAUUCAUGAGCUGGUGAUAUCGCCAGAAUAAAUGAAGAUUAUGAAUAUAUGGACCUUGUUUUGGAGAGUUUUGUGGACUUUUUGAAUACAUAAAUUCUGUCUUGGUUCAUUAUUUCUUCCAAAACCUGUGUGGCAGCUGCAAUUUUAUUUUAUAUUUUGUAUUCUAAAAUGCGUAAGCAGCUCUAGAAUUAAAUUUUAUGAAGGGUGAUAAAAAUAAUAAUUUAAUUAAAUAAAUCUCUUAUAUUAUUACAGAUGACCUUCAAUGGUGAAGAAGCACACAGUAUUAUUAAAGAUGUAAGUUGCACAUUUUAGUAUACAGUACAGUAUUUAUGUGUUUUGGUGACAAAAUGAAUUUUUGCAGUUUUCUGUUUCCAGGAAUAAUGGGUAUAUCCCUGAAAGACUUGCACCAGACAACCUGUCUUGCCUGUUCAAAACUAAGUCCCACUAAAUUUAGUGGGGCAUGCUACCUUGCUGUGUUUAAUAUUGCACCCUUGAGCUGCAGUCAUAUGGACGUCUAUUGGGAAUAUAGCUAAUUGAAUUCAAUGGGGCAUUUUUCUGAAUAGACAUGCAUAGGAUUGCACUAUCAAGAUCCAAACUCUUUAUACUACAUUUGCAAUAUUCGAUGUUUAAAAUUUUGUACAUUCUAAUAGCAAGACCAAUGGCUUUGAUCAUACUCUCUUGCUAACAGAAGAGGAAGGUGAUUUUUGCUAAUUCACACCCCCCCCCCCCGCAGUCCUCUGACAAUCUGCUCCAGGGAGUGUGGACAUUGUGGAACACUGGGAGGUGGCAGUAGAGCCUGCAAGGGAUAUAAGGGGGAAAUCACUUCCCCUACUUGUGCUAGAGGGAAGCCUCUGUUGUAAUGGAAUCAUUCCAUGAAUGGAAGGAACCCUUUUGAUUCAUGAAAAUACAAUUAUAGAUACUGCCUUUAUAACACUCCACUGUAAUGUUAAGUAGCGCUAAGUGUUCUGUAUGUGUUCUGUUGAAUUCUGCUACACGCCCCCCCCGCCCCGUAGAACACAAUUUGUAAUGGUGACUGAGAUGGCAGUCCUGUGCAGGUGAACUGUUUAACUGUCCUUGAAGUCAACUGGAUUUAUUUCUGUAGCUGUUGUUAUGUUGACUGUUAUUUGAUUGUGGCCCACGGUUAGCCCCGGCAGAGAAGCUGCUGAGGAUACUGAGGCGAUAGGACCACCCUGUCUGAAUUUCAAUGCUGCAGCAACUCAGAAUUGUACCAUUUACAAUAAUAUAUCCAGCUCAGCAGGAUAUUUUAGUCCUGUUGGGAAAGAAAUUCAGAUUAUUAAAAUGCUCUUCUGGAUUCUGCAUGUUUGUUACAUGACUCUUACCACUGAGAUGGGAAUGGUAUAAACAGUUCAGUUACUGAUUUAUGUGCCUCCAUUUAGGAGCUCUAGCCUAGGAAAAGAGGCAAAUGAGAAUCUCUUUCUGACAUUUGAGUUCCUUUACAUAACAAAGUGGGGCUGGCCUAAAAGUAUAUAUAUUUAUACUACUAUCUAUUUUUAAUACUUGUAUUUAAUCAGAUUUUUAUUCCUUUUUAGUGCAUAGAAGGUGUUCUGGGCAAGGCAGAUUACAAUCACGACAAUGUCAAUCAGUGGACUGCAGCUAUAGUAGAACAAUCUUUAACACAACUGGUAAAACUGGGGAAGACGUACAAGUACAUUGGUAAGAUUCUGUGCAUAUAUGCAGUUAAUAUUAAUUUUACAAUUAAUGGGGAGAAAAUUAUUUCAGGCCUACUUUUGUUAGUAAAGGUAAAGUAAAGGACCCCUGACAGUUAAUUCCAGUCACAGACAACUCUGGGGUUGUGGUGCUCAUCUUGCUUUACUGGCCGAGGGAGCCGACGUUUGUCCGCAGACAGUUAUUCCGGGUCAUGUGGCCAGCAUGACUAAGCUGCUUCUGGUGAAACCAGAGCAGCACACAGAAAUGCUGUUUACCUUCCCACCAGAGCGGUACCUGUUUAUUUACUUGCACUUUGAUGUGCUUUCAAACUGCUAGGUUGGCAGGAGCUGGGGCCAAGCAACGGGAGCUCACCCCGUCAUGGGGAUUCAAACCGCCGACAUUCUGAUCGGCAAGCCCUAGGCUCAGUGGUUUAGACCACAGUGCCACCCGCGUUCCUAUAUACUUUGUUAGUAGAAUGAGGCAUAUAAGGUUCUAUGUGCUGCACUUCACCCACCUUCGUGAGAGCAUUGAAGGCAGUUUUGCUCCAAUUUAUUACGCAUUUUACUAUAAUAAUAUGGGAUGCGGCGGGUUGGCGAGGGCUCUAUUUUCAGAUUCCCGUGGCAUUUAUUGGUCAUCUGCUGUUGAUUAUCUGCAUCAGAAAAUUAGCCAGGCAUUUUCAGCAGACUUCAUAAGCCUAGAAUAUCAGGGCUGUUCAGGAAGCAGCCCACCAUUUUGAGGAGGAAUAUGUCUCACUGCUUUCUUAAAUAAAGGAAAUUUAAGGAAAAAGGAUCACGCUUUUGCAGCAUAGUGGCAACUUAAAUAUUAUAAUUCAACAGAAUUUGUUUUUGGAAAAAGGCAGGGGAUUUUAAUUCAUACUUUAACCACCACUUAGUCCUUUCAGUUGUAUAAAGGACUAGUGAAGUCUGAUUGAUUAAUCUACUUUAUUGAUAAACAUGGGAUUUUGUUCUGUCUUCAGUUACCUGUGCAGUGAUGCAGAAGUGUGGAGCUGGUCUGCAUACAGCAAGCUCAUGUUUUUGGGAUACCACAACUGAUGGUAAGUGCCUGCCUGCAGAAUUGAAGCAAACUACUUCAUGAAAAAAAUAACUUUUCGCUUAUUGUUGUGAAACAUUAUGCUGCAGUUGAAAGGCGGUUUGAAUUGGCAGCCCACAUAUAGCCCCCAGGAUAUAAUAGGUAUAUAAUAGGUACUUCCUGAAAUUAGGAUCAUUUCACCCAAACUAUAUGUUACCCACUCUCUUUACCCAGGUCCCCAAAUGAGAAAGAGAUAUAAACCUGCUGAUAAGGCCAGGCCAAAAUGAAAAGGGCUGACCAAUCGCUUUUGGUUGCAUGGAAAAAAUGCUUUGGCAGAAGGCCAAGGACUGUUUCUUUAGAUGAGUUUAAAUCUGACACGGAAUCGUUAUUGAUGCCUAAGUUUGAGUAGUAUUUGAACUUCAUUCACUCUCUGGAUCAAAUCCGUCUUACUGCCAGGCAUCAUGAAAGAUAAGAGACUAGUCUCCUGGAUAGGUGGUUCUAGUUCAUGAGGGCAGACUUCGUUCAAAGCGCUGAACAGCCCUGGCAGACUUCACUCCUCAGCAUGACUGUUCCAAAUUCAUAGUUAUACAAUUGAAAGAGAAGAACUAAGCUUAACAAGGUUAAAAAAAAUAAUCACCAAGUAAUCAUAUAUGCCAGUACUUCAGUGACCGAUAUGACUCGAAGCUGUAACGAAGAAAGAAUGUUCAUAUUGUUGUAACUUUAUAUUCUUUUUGUUUUGUGCUCAGUAAGUUACUUGAUUAAAUAUAUUACACUACAGACUUGUACAGACUUGUACAGUGGUACCUCGGGUUAAGUACUUAAUUUGUUCUGGAGGUCCGUUCUUAACCUGAAACUGUUCUUAACCUGAAGCACCACUUUAGCUAAUGGGGCCUCCUGCUGCCGCCCCGCCGCCGGAGCACGAUUUCUGUUCUCAUCCUGAAGCAAAGUUCUUAACCCGAGGUACUAUUUCUGGGUUAGCAGCGUAUGUAACCUGAAGCGUCUGUAACCCGAGGUACCACUGUAUUCAUUUUCUACUAUGCUGAGUACUGGCAGGAAAAUGCUGAAAUGUGCACCAGCACUGGCGUUGUCCUUACUUUCUAAGAAAAAUCACAUUCAAGGCAGCUUAGCAAAAAAUGCAACAAAAUGUAAAAAGAACCCUAGCAAUGACGCAUACAGUUUUAGUGCACUGAGCUGGCCAUAGCUUUAUGCCUGGGGUAGCAGUAGCCACCAGCACAAAGGAAAAACACGUCAUUGUGCCUGAGUUGAUGACCCAAGGGCUUUUAUUUUUUGCAGAAGAAGUAGCUGGAGAGAAUCAGGGGGCUGCCUGUGGCCUUAUAAGAGCAGCCCUGUUCAUUAUCAUUGGCAAAAAGUUUGAUUUUCAAAGUGCUGUAGUGUCUUAGUCAACUACAGGAAUGGCAACUUGGACUAGAUCACAUGCCCACUAUCAAAGUCCUGUUGACAAACUGAACCCAUGCUGUAGUGUGUUUUAAUUCUAUUUAACCCCAGUGACCAUCUAUGAAGGAUUUUUCUGAGUUUCUGACUCCUAAGAUGCAAUAUUGUGCAAGCGUUGGGACGAAGAGCAUGAAAAUGAUUAUCCAGAAGUAUGUUCUGCAGAGUUCACAGAGAUCUACUUCUUUGUAAGCAUGUUUAGGGUUGUGGCCCAGAUCUGUCACCAAAAGCAAUGUCUGACAGCCUCUAGGGAUUAUCUUCUGUAAAUGAGUUCGGGUUAUUCGGUUGUCCUCUUAAGAAUGAAUAUAGAACUUGACCACUUUCUCUUCUUAAAUCCACUCUAGGUACCUGCACAGUUCGAUGGGAAAACCGAACUAUGAACUGCAUCGUCAAUGUCUUUGCCGUAGCCAUUAUUCUGUAGCAAACUGGACAAAUCGCACUAAGUUAUGCCAAAGCCUUUAAGAACAAAACUAUCAAAUUUCUUAUAGUACAUUGUAAGAAUGAUUAAAUAAAACUAUAUUUAUGCACUAAAGAGCAGGAAAUGUGCUAUUUAAAAAAGUCUCUGCACAAUAUAUAUUAUAUUAUAGUAUAUUAUAGUAUAUAUUAUAGUAAAGUGUAAUCGUUCGGCUUAGCCAGCUGGCAGCUUGCUAGAGACCAGCUGUAAAAGGAAAAGGACAAUGUUUUGAGCAUUCUAGGACUGUGGUUCUCUCUGCUCCCCACCCUGCAACCUGCAAGAAGUGAUGGAAAAGUUACGUAAAAAUAAGAAAAUGCAUGUUUCCCCCCACAUUACCACUGGCACUUCAUACACAGCAGCUUAAGAUAAAUGUAAUCAGUAAGAGGCAAGAGAGUAUUAUUUGUAACACACACAUAUAUAUAAUUGGUUCUGAGUUAUGGGAGUUGAUGCCUUAGAAUAGUGGUUUUAAACCUGUGUGUUCCAGGGAAUCCUUGCACUCCCAUCUGUGCUGCUUCAGUAUAAUGGCCGAUCUCUGCCCCCUGAAAACUAGAGUUGUGAGAGCGUGUUGUUUGCUGUAAUGCACACACUCAUUUGAUGCAGUGCAACAGCUACCACAUAGUCUCAUGCGCGCAACCCAGAACAUAAUUCCAUCAUGAAUAGGUCCCACGGCAGGAGAAAAAAGUUCCCUGAAAGCUGUAUGUUUGAAAUCCACUGCUGCUUAGACGAUUGGUGUUUGUGAUUUGUAACGCGUAAUAAAUUAAGCAGCGAGGGGGGAGGAAGCAGAAAAACCCAACAAGUUGUAAAAGAAUAUUUUCAUGUUUUAGGCACAAAAUGUAUAAAGCCAAAGUACCUACUUUUCUCAAACAGGGUAUGAAUGUUCAGCAAAAUAAUGUAUUUUUCAUGCUGUAAGGCUGUGCUUAGACUGCGGCACAGUUCUUAAGGCACAUUCGUCGAAGUAGGGAAAUUGUAUUAAAACAUUCUGCAACAUUUGGUUCAGUUAUUGGUGCAUUAACAAAUAUUUGGUGCAUCAGCACAAAACCACAAACCAAAAGCAUUAAAAUAAUGUGCAGAUAAUACAUGUGCAAAUACUUUAGAUUAGGACAUUAAAAGUUUAGCAAUGCUCUCAUGAUACCAUUUUAUUUUAUAUAAAAGUGAUGUUUCAUAUGUAGCACUUGGAAAUAGAAUAAUUUGAAGUGGGGACUUGUCUGUGUCUUAAGGUGCACUUAGGCUGUAGGUAUGUGACUUACAGAAUAAUUAACUGGCUACAGUCCUUACUUCCUAGUAGUGUUCAUAGAGUUAGACCAUAAAUCCUUGCUAUCUAUGUUAUUAGUUAAAAUAAUUCUGCAAUCCUAUGCUUACUUGAGAGAAAAUUGCAUUGAAGAGAGUGGAACUUACUUCUGAGUAAACAUGCAGGGAGUCAACAGUAUGCUUCUUGCUUCCUAGAUCUACCUAAAUUAGAAAAUUCUCCACUUCAGUCAAGUGGGUAAUCCUAAUAACUUGAAGAACCACUCAAGCAAAUAUUAAGUACCUUUGCAAAUAUGUUUAGUAUAUAGGAUUCUAUUUUUUCAUAAAAAGUUACAUUGUUUUGCAGCUAUUUAUAUACCUAGUAGAACUUGAAGCUAUACUGUUGCAUUAAGCAUUUUUGCCUUUUGUCAGAACUGCAACAAGCUGGUUUCAGUUGCAGUUUAUGUUUAGAAUUUUUUUAUCAUUGCAAUGGUUUUGCUUUGAAUUACUUUAACAUUAUAAUAUGUAAAGCACCAAAGGUCUAGCUGUUUUUCGUUAAUAAAGUUGCAUAUUUAAGCAAAUACCAUGUUUAUAUUCCAUAUUGUUAUAGUGUGAACACAGAUAUCUCUGUACUCUUUAAAUGAAUGUACAUAUCUAUAGCAACAGAACUAAAAUACUAUGCGAAGUUCUCUCACAGCUCUGGAUUCAAAAUUUGCUCUUUUUCUGGGUGCAAGCUAUUUUCAUCUUUUUCCUGAAGCAGUAAAAGAUAAUAAUGAAGAGAGAACAUUUUUCAGAGGGUGGAAACACUAUAGAAUAUAGAUGAAUGCAGUUGUCUGAAACAACUGCUAGUAAAGGGUUUGGCCAGAAAAUAAAGACAAAGGUACAAUCUACCUUUUACUCUUUUUUAUAGUAAACUUCUGAUGCUGUUACUGAGACUAGAUGGUUUUAUUCGCAAUUGUAUUUCUGGGUUUUAAAAAAUGCAGUUGAACAUAAAAUGAAUGCUCAUCAAUAUAUCUUAUGGCAAGAUUGCACUAGAAAUUAUGCUGGUAUUGGUUUUAAAAUAGGUACAGUUUGUUUUAACUAAAAAAAAAAUAAAAAUAAAAUGUGCCUGCCUUAC